CAGUGGAAUCUUUAUGCUCAAAACCCCGAUUCCAGUAGUCAUUUAUUUGGUACCUCCCAAGGGGCUGGAACUGCUAUUUUAACACUUCUCGGGGGAUUCCAUCCACAAACGCAAAGUUUAUGGCUAACCGAUAUGGCACACCAUCAUUUAGCUAUUGCCAUUCUGUUUCUACUUGCCGGUCAUAUGUAUAGAACUAACUUCGGUAUUGGGCACAGUAUAAAGGAUCUUUUAGAAGCACAUAUUCCUCCCGGGGGUAGAUUAGGGCGUGGACAUAAGGGUCUUUAUGACACAAUCAAUAAUUCAAUUCAUUUUCAAUUAGGCCUUGCCUUAGCCUCUUUAGGGGUGAUUACUUCUUUGGUAGCUCAACACAUGUAUUCUUUACCCGCUUAUGCGUUUAUAGCGCAAGACUAUACUACUCAAGCUGCGUUAUAUACUCAUCAUCAAUACAUCGCAGGAUUCAUUAUGACAGGGGCUUUUGCUCACGGAGCUAUCUUUUUUAUUCGAGAUUACAAUCCUGAGCAGAAUGAAGAUAAUGUAUUGGCAAGAAUGUUAGAUCACAAGGAAGCUAUCAUAUCCCAUUUAAGUUGGGCCAGUCUAUUUCUGGGGUUCCAUACUUUGGGACUUUAUGUCCAUAAUGAUGUUAUGCUUGCUUUUGGUACUCCGGAGAAACAAAUCUUGAUUGAACCCAUAUUUGCCCAAUGGAUACAAUCUGCUCAUGGGAAAACUUCAUAUGGGUUCGAUGUACUUUUAUCUUCAACGAAUAGUCCGGCGUUCAAUGCGGGGCGAAGCAUAUGGUUGCCUGGUUGGUUAAACGCUAUUAAUGAGAAUAGUAAUUCUCUAUUCUUAACAAUAGGACCCGGCGACUUCUUGGUUCAUCAUGCUAUUGCUCUUGGUUUACAUACAACUACAUUGAUCUUAGUAAAAGGUGCUUUGGAUGCGCGUGGUUCCAAAUUAAUGCCGGAUAAAAAAGAUUUUGGUUAUAGUUUUCCUUGCGAUGGUCCGGGACGGGGCGGUACUUGUGAUAUUUCGGCCUGGGACGCUUUUUAUUUGGCAGUUUUCUGGAUGUUAAAUACGAUUGGAUGGGUUACUUUUUAUUGGCAUUGGAAGCACAUUACACUGUGGCAGGGUAAUGUUUCACAGUUUAAUGAAUCUUCGACCUAUUUGAUGGGAUGGUUAAGAGAUUAUCUAUGGUUAAACUCUUCACAACUUAUCAAUGGAUAUAACCCUUUUGGUAUGAAUAGUUUAUCAGUCUGGGCGUGGAUGUUUUUAUUUGGACAUCUUGUUUGGGCUACUGGAUUUAUGUUCUUAAUUUCCUGGCGCGGAUAUUGGCAGGAAUUAAUUGAAACUUUAGCAUGGGCUCAUGAACGCACACCUUUGGCUAAUUUGAUUCGAUGGAGAGAUAAGCCAGUUGCUCUUUCCAUUGUGCAAGCAAGGUUGGUUGGAAUAGCCCACUUUUCGGUAGGUUAUAUAUUUACUUAUGCGGCUUUCUUGAUUGCCUCUACAUCGGGUAAAUUUGGUUAAUUUACUUAUUUAUUGUAUCCACAAGAAACAUCAUUUUAAAAUUUCUAUGGAGAAGGGGAAUCAAUUUCUUAUAUUUCUACACCUCGGAUCCGACUUCUA